CUCAAGAUGAGUCGCGGUCAGCACAGCAGUAAGAUACUAUGAGCUUGAUUAGUUUUCUAAUCCUGAAGUGAAUCCGUUUAAACGUUCUAGAUGGACACAGUACUCGUGGUGUCCGUCUCUCUGCUUGGACUGGCUCUUGUCCUGCUCUCUCUCCCUGAGCAUGCAUCACUAAGCAGAGAAUUUGACAACACCUCAGUUUCAGGAACUGUGUAUUUGGGAUCUGUGUUUGUGAAGGAGGCUCUUCAGAGGGCAAUUGAGCUGACUGAUGCUGCCUAUGCACGCACAAGUGAAAGGGUUAAGAAGUCUCUAUCUGAAGGCGCCCUGAGACCCAGUGACCUGUUGGCUCAGUUCAAACAGACUGAAGCCAGAACCAGAACUCAGGUCUGGGCUGCAGAACUGCUGGACAACACGGUGGAGCUGAUCAGAGAGAUGGUUUAUACCCACACUAUGGUGCAGCCCAGCCCUCAUGAGCUGCUGAGUGAAGGAGAUGUGAAGAAUCUGCUGCAGGUGACAGGCUGCUCCGCUGAGCUGCAGAGACCCAUCUGUGACUCUGACUGUCUGUCUGAGCGCUACAGAUCCAUCACAGGAGAGUGCAACAACAGACAACAUCCCAGAUGGGGGGCUGCAAACAUCCCAUAUUCCCGCUGGCUGCCUCCAGAGUAUGAGGAUGCAUGGGGGACACCCAGAGGCUGGGAUCCGGAGCACACCUACCACAAUGCCACUCUGCCUCCAGUGCGGCUGGUGUCUCAGGAGGUGCUGUUCACCCACAAUGACAACAUCUCUCUGGACUCCACACUGUCCCACCUGCUGGUUGAGUGGGGUCAGUGGAUAGACCACGACGUGGUGCUGACACCUCAGAGCCCCAGUACAGCCGCCUUCAGGACCGGAGCUGACUGCACCCACACCUGCAGCCGGGACACACCCUGCUUCCCCAUACAGAUCCCUCUGUCAGAUCCUCGCAAUGGCAUCCAGAGUUGUAUGCCUUUCUUCCGCUCUGCUCCCAGCUGUGUUGCUGGAGUCCUCUCUCAUCGCCACCGAGAGCAGCUCAACGCCAUCACCUCCUUUGUAGAUGCCAGUAUGGUGUACGGGAGCUCCACCAAUCUGGCCUCAGCUCUGAGAAACCUCUCCUCUCCUCUGGGCUCCAUGGCCCUCAACUCCCAGCACUCAGACCAGGAGCUGGCCUACAUGCCUUUCCUGCCACGCCUGCAGGCUCACCUGGACCCCUGCGGCCCUCGAAACUCCACCACAUCAGGGGCGUCAGACAGAUCCAAGCGGCAGGAGAACACCACAUCCUGCUUUCAAGCUGGUGAUUCGAGAGCUAAUGAGCAUCUGGGAAUGAUCGCACUGCACACACUCUUUCUGAGAGAGCACAACCGGCUGGUGAAAGAGCUGUACCUGCUCAACCCUCACUGGAGUCCUGACACGCUUUAUCAGGAGGCACGCAAGAUCAUGGGAGCCAUUCAUCAGAUCAUAACAUGGGAGCACUACCUGCCGCGGGUCCUGGGUGAGGAUGCCACGUCCCAUCUGAUGCCUCCUUACAAGGGCUACGACCCUGAGGUGGAUCCAAGCAUUGCUAAUGUCUUUGCAGCUGCUGCAUUUCGUUUUGCCCACGUCACCGUGCAGCCAGUGGUGACCAGACUGGGGCCAGGAUACACCACUAACUCCCAGCAUCCCCCACUGCCUCUGCAUCACUCACUGUUUGCCUCUUGGAGGGUUGUGCAGGAAGGUGGUAUAGACCCUGUGCUGCGAGGUCUGUUGCUGUCUCCUGCCAAACUGCAGACUCCAGGUCAGAUGAUGGUGGAGGAGCUGACGGAGAGGCUGUUUCAGGCACAGGGAGGGAUGCCUCUAGACCUUGGAGCCCUUAACCUCCAGAGGGGUCGGGAUCAUGGCCUGCCUGGAUACGGCUCAUGGAGAAAGUUCUGCGGCCUCUCUGUUCCCAACACCACAUCUGAACUGGCCGAUAUCCUGAGUAACUUCACUUUGGCUCACAAAUUUCAGCUCCUGUACGGGACACCGCACAACAUUGAUGUGUGGGUGGGCGCCAUCUCUGAGCCCGCUCUGCCCGGAGGUCGAGUGGGACCGCUCCUGUCCUGCCUGCUGGCGAGACAGUUCAGAGCUCUCAGAGACGGGGACAAGUUUUGGUGGGAGAGGGAAGGCGUGUUCACCAGCACCCAGAGGAAACACCUCCGUGAUGUCUCUCUGUCCCGCAUCAUUUGUGACAAUAGCCACAUCACUCACGUCCCUGCUGACCCGUUCUCACGCAUCGAGAGGCCGGAGGACAUGCUGGCCUGUUCACACCCGCUCAUCUCCCACCUCGACCUCACCCCAUGGAAAGAACCAGACACAGAUCCCCACUGUGGUCCGAUACCCAGGAUUCAAUCUGGCUACUCUCUGCACUGCGACUCUGUGAUCCUGUAUCACUGUCACUCUGGCUUCAAGCUGCUGGGAUCUUCAUCUGUCAGCUGUGAUCCAAACAGCCAGCAGUGGAGCUCCAUCCCCACAUGUCAAGAUAUUAAUGAAUGUGAAGAACAAGUUUCUCUCUGCCCACAAAACCUGGAGUGCCUCAACAUACCAGGUUCCUUUAUUUGCUCAGAAGUAUCCCCGCUGUCUGCCGUCUCUGUCGUCACUGCAGUGAUGGUAGUGAUCGGUGGUGUGGCUGCGCUGCUGCUCCUGAUGUUCUUUUAUCGCAGAUAUUUCCCCAAGAAAGAAGAGUUAGUCAACGCCAGAUGUUGCCAGGGGAAAAGUUAAAAAAGUUUGCCAUGUAAUAUUUUUGCAACUUAAAAAAACAACAAAAUAAUGUCUUGUUAAAUUAUAAUAUUCAUAUCACACAAUUAGUAAACAAAUCAAUAUUUUAUCCCCCCACCCCAUUGUUGACCUGCUCAUACAAUGAUGAUAUUCAGUCCUCUGACUGUUACUGACUGUGCUUACUCAUGAACUGCAAGUCAAACUGUUUAUUAAGGUCUAUUAUUAAGAUGAUAAUCUCUAUGAUGAGGCCAGAAAAACAGGAUAACAAGCUUACGAAAGCUUUUACAAUCCGGAAACUGAAAUCUUACUGGAAUGUCUGUGCCAAAAACAGAUUUCCUUAACAUAAAGCCCCUCUGAGCGGGAUAUGGUCUCAGUAUCGCCGUGCCUGAUUCCUGCUCACAAACCUGUUGGGCAACUACUGUAACAUGCAUGUGUGUGUGUUUCAGAGUGUUCUGUAUCAGGGAACCAGGCAGUUCCUGGCAAUGAUUUUAAUCUAAAGCCAAAUCAGUGUCAUGCCCUUAGAGAAACAGGUCCUGUGUCAUCUGGUUGUAUUUCUUGUCAAAUUGAAUCACAGCGUUGAGUCAUCGUUUCCCAAACUUUACAAAAGGUCACAAAG